UUUGAAAGCCCAAACAAGAAUCUGCUCACAUCAUCUUAUUAUAUUUCGUUUCGAAUCUCCUAAUUUAUCUCAAUCACAGCCUGGUUUGAAUCUGUUCCAGUUUUCAUCUUACCCGUUGGAUUUCAGUUCCUCAUCGCCUACUUCGAUUUCCCUCACUAUAAAUUUCUCUUUUCGAUUCUUCCUCCGCAUCGGAGGAAACUGAAUUCGUCGGAUAAUGGAGAGGAAUCCAAGCAAGCAGAUGGCGGGAAAUGAGAGCGAUUACACUGCGGAGAUCGAGGGAAGAGAGAGGGUUAUGGUGGAAGAUGCUUUCAGAAAUAUGGAGGUUCCGUCGUGGAAGAAUCAGAUCACUGUUAGGGCUAUUGUGACGAGCUUUAUUCUUAGCAUCGUCUUCAACUUCAUUGUUUGUAAACUCAAUCUUACCACUGGAGUUAUUCCAUCCCUUAAUGUUGCGGCUGGACUUCUCGGAUUCGCGAUUCUGAAGGGUUACACUUCGAUUCUCAGCCAGUUUGGUCUCAUGAAACAGCCAUUCACUCGACAGGAGAACACCGUGAUUCAAACCUGCGUUGUCGCCUCCUCUGGGAUCGCGUUUAGCAGUGGAACUGCUAGUUAUCUUCUGGGAAUGAGUGGCAAAAUUGCUGCUCAAGCGGAAGAGGGAAACAUUCCGAUAAACAUCAAGAAACUCUCUGUGGGUUGGAUGAUGGGUUUUCUCUUCGUUGUUAGCUUUGUUGGGUUAUUCUCUAUAGUGCCUCUUAGAAAGAUGAUGAUUCUAAAAUACAAAUUGACUUAUCCAAGUGGAACUGCGACUGCAUACCUAAUCAACAGCUUUCACACACCUAAAGGAGCGAAGCUUGCAAAGAGACAAGUUGCAGUCCUUUUCAAGAGCUUCUGUUUCAGCUUUUCAUUUGCACUGUUCCAAUGGUUCUUUGCUGCUGCUGAUGGCUGUGGAUUCGCCAGCUUCCCCACAUUUGGCCUUCAAGCCUACGAAAAAAGGUUCUACUUUGAUUUCUCGUCUACAUACGUCGGUGUAGGAAUGAUCUGUCCAUUUAUGGUUAAUAUAUCUCUACUUCUUGGAGCCAUCAUCUCGUGGGGUGUCAUGUGGCCCUUGAUCGAGGCAAGGAAAGGUGACUGGUACAGCGCUUCUCUAUCUGCAACCAGCCUUCAUGGUAUUCAAGGCUAUAGGGUUUUUACUGCCAUUGCUAUGAUGCUUGGGGAUGGUCUUUACCAUGUAUUCUUCAUGCUCUUCCAAACAUUCUACAGCUUAGCCCAGCAGAAACUUUCCCAUGACCAUGGUGAUUCUUCUUUGGAAGCUACCGACUACGAUGCUAAACAAAGAAUUGAUCACUUCACGAAAGACCAAAUCCCGAACUGGGUAGCGAUGCUCGGCUAUGGUAUACUUGCAGUGAUAUCGAUUAUCGCAGUUCCUUUGAUCUUCCAUCCGUUGAAAUGGUACCACGUUUUGGUUGCAUAUGCAAUUGCUCCUGUCUUGGCCUUCUGUAAUGCCUAUGGCUGUGGGCUGACUGACUGGUCUCUUGCAUCAAACUAUGGUAAAUUUGCCAUCAUUAUCUUCAGUUCUUGGGUUGGCCUUGACAAUGGAGGUGUUAUUGCUGGUCUUGCAUCUUGUGGUGUCAUGAUGAGCAUUGUUUCUACUGCUUCUGAUCUCAUGCAAGACUUCAAGACCGGGUACUUGACUCUCGCAUCGCCCCGAUCGAUGUUUUUCAGCCAAGUUUGUGGUACCGCCAUGGGCUGCUUCUUGUCACCACUCGUCUUUUGGUUCUUCUUCAAAGCUUACAACGUUGGAGAUCCCGAAGGCUCCUACCCUGCACCCUAUGGUCUAAUGUACCGUGGCAUUGCGCUUCUUGGCGUCGAGGGCGUCUCUUCCCUCCCCCGAAACUGCCUCACCCUUGCCAUUUGCUUCUUUGUUGCUGCUAUUGUCAUUAACAUCAUUCGAGAAUUUCUCCAAAAGUUGGACACUAGAUACCGCACCUACCGUUUCAUCCCAAGUCCAAUGUGUAUGGCAAUUCCGUUCUACCUGGGUGCUUACUUUGCCAUUGACAUGUGUGUUGGGAGCCUGAUCCUCUUCUUGUGGCAGAGGAGGAACAAGAUCAAGGCCAGUGAGUUUGCGCCCGCCGUGGCUUCGGGUCUCAUCUGUGGUGAAUCAUUAUGGAGUGUUCCAGCAGCCAUAUUGGCCCUGGCCGGUGUUAAGGCUCCUCUUUGCAUGAAGUUCUUGAGUUCCUCUACCAAUUCAAAGGUCGAUGCCUUCUUAGGAGCCUAAUACCCAAUUAGUUUUAGGAUAUUAAACUUGCUGCAUUUACUACCAGAUGUUUUAGUUUAGUUUGUUUUAAUUUGUUCUAUCAUACUAUGUACAAAUGUUGGGUUCAUCAAGACUUAUCUUCCGAUUGUGAUCAAUGAUAAUAUUAAAACUCAAAAUAGUUUCUCCUU